AUGUCUGUCAAUCUAGAAGAAGUUAGAGAUUUCUUAGUUGAACUUGCUAAAGAAUCUGGUGAAAUUAUUAAAUCAAAAUCAGGUAAAGAAACAUUUGAUGAUAAAAAAAAUUCAGUUGAUUUAGUCACUGCAAUUGAUAAAUUAGUUGAGAAAAAUGUAUCAACAAAGAUUUACUCAAAAUUCCCAAAUUAUAAAUUCAUUGGUGAAGAAACUUAUGUCGAGGGUGAAACUAAAUUAACUGAUGAUCCAACUUUUAUUGUUGAUCCAAUUGAUGGUACUACAAAUUUCAUUCAUAAUUUCCCAUAUUCUUGUAUCUCUUUAGGUUUCACCAUCAAUAAAACCCCAACAGUCGGGGUUAUUUUCAAUCCACAUUUAAAUUUAUUAUUCAGUGCAAUUAAAGGUCAAGGUGCCUUUUUAAAUGGGGAAAAAUUACCAAACUUAUCAUCAAAACCAAUCACUUUACAAAGUUCAAUUAUUGCCUUAGAAUCAGGUUCUGAUAGAGAGGGCGAAAUCUUUGAUAUCAAGAUGGAAACUUUCAGAUCUUUAUUAGAUAAAAACCAUGGUUUUAUUCACGGAUAUAGAUCUUUUGGAUCAGCUGCAAUGAAUAUUGCUCAUACAGCUUCUGGUCAAUUAGAUGGUUAUUGGGAAGGUGGUUGUCAAAGUUGGGAUGUCGCUGCAGGUUGGGUCAUCUUGGAAGAAACUGGUGGUAAAGUUGUUAGUGGUAAUAAAGGUGGCUGGACAACACCUGUUGAUAGUAGAGUUUAUUUAUUUGUUAGAGGUGCUCCAGAAGAGGAUCAAAAGAAAUUUAUUCAAGAUUUUUGGAGUAAUAUUAAAGGUGAUUUGAAAUAUUGA